UGCAAAGCUAACCUACUAGAUAAUAGUUGCUCUUGAACAAUGGAGGAUAUCUAUACCAAUGUUGAAAAAAAGAAACCUGUUGACACAACACUUUCAACAAAUCAGACAGGUCCGAGGAGUUCAGAGAGGAGAUUUCAUGGAGCUGUUGUUCUCUGUCUGGGGCUGCUGAGUGUUUUCCUGCUGGCUGGACUCAUCGGCCUCGGUGUCUACUACCAUUAUGUGAACCAUGGUUUAACUGAAGAGAGAGACCUGCUGAAUGCCAACCUCACUGAAACUACUGAGGAGCUACACCAGCUUCAGAAUUCAUCUGAGCAGAACAGUGAUGUGAUCCGUGGUUUAACUGAAGAGAGAGACCUGCUGAAUGCCAACCUCACUGAAACUACUGAGGAGCUACACCAGCUUCGGAAUUUGUCUAAGCAGAAUCAAACUUGUCCUGCAGGAUGGAAGUUGUUCAGCUGUUCCUGUUAUCUCCUCUCCAGUGAGAGUGGUUCCUGGUCAACAGGCAGACAGGACUGCAGAGAGAAAGGAGCAGAUCUGGGGGUUAUAGACAGCCUUGAAAAACAGGAGUUCUUCUCUACUUUCAACGAAGAAGCAACUUGGAUUGGUUUGACUGACAGAGACACAGAGGGAACCUGGAAAUGGAUUGAUGGAACACCGCUGACUUUAAGCUACUGGGGGACAGAUCAGCCUGAUAAUGGAGGUGGAGAUCCACAGUGGGGUGAAGAGGACUGUGUACAUAUCAGGGCUGGCACUCAAACUGUAGAAAACUGGAAUGAUCUGUCGUGUGGUGCUUCUCUGCAGUGGAUCUGUGAGAAAAAUGCUGAUGUGUAAUAUGUAAAAAUACUUUUACAAAGUAAGCUAUGAUUUUGCAAAAGCUCUUUGAUUCUGUCCUGCCUUUUUAAAGCGAUUCCUAUAUUUAAAUGAGAUGUUUACAACUCUUGCGAGAAAAGCUUCACAUACAUUUCCAAUGUUCCAAACAACUAAAACAAGCACACGGAGAUUAAUGAAAACCUUUAUUUUGAUUAAUGUCUUAGCUAAAGAUUUGAUAAUUGAAAGGUGCAAAAAUCCUAAGUGAGAACUCUUCUCAUGGCAUGCCUUUUUUUAAAGCAAUUUCUAUAUUUAAAUGAGAUAUUUAAAACACUUGCCAGAAAAGCUUCAUAAAUCAAUUUCCAAUGUUCCAAACAAUAAAAAGAAGCACACGGACUCCACCAAAAUCAUAACAUUACAAAAUGCAACAUAUUAAUAAAAACCUUUACUAUCUUAGCUAAAGAUUUCAUGAUAGUUGAAAGCUGCAAAAAUCCUGAUUGAUAGUAAUACAAAUGUUGCUUAAUUGUGUCUUACUAUAUCAUCAAGUGACAUAUUCCUGAAAAUUUUUUAAAUGAAAAUGUGUUCAGCAGCUUGCAGAUCUCUUUAACAGAGUUCAUCAACGUUUGUGAAUUUUACUUGAUAAUUAGUGGUUUCACUCAGGAAACAUUUGCUGUUGAGAGAAAGGUAUCAAAUGAUUUUAGAUCAAAUUCAAACCAAAACUAUUCAACAGAUAAAUCAGGAAAUUCAUAUCAGCACUGCACUGGAGUCAGAUGUUUGUCCUUUGUAAUGAUGGUAGUUGAUACUGGUUGUGGCUUUUUAUGUAAUCAUGACAACAAUUAAAAUCUUUAUAAACA